GACGAAGAAGAAUAAGCGCAAAGAUGGUGACGGCUAAAGUUAGCCGGUAGCUAACUACUGGAUCAGGAAAAGUGUUGUUUAAAAUUGCAUCCGUGUCGUCUGUUUGUUUUUGAUGAGUCCGAAUGCUGUGAAAAGAUUAUCGAUUCGCGUGGCGUUAGAGUGAUAGUUUGCGACUGGUUGUUUUUUGUUUGUUUUGUUUUUGGUGGGUGAGUCAGAGUGAGGAAUUGUCCAGAGCAUCGGCCAUGGCAGCUCCAUUAAACGUCCAGAGCCCAUGUAAAACCUGGGAGUUGAGCCUGUACGAGCUGCACAGGAGCCCUCAGGAGGCCAUUGUGGACGGGACGGAGGUGGCAGUGUCUCCUCGAUCUCUUCACAGUGAGCUGAUGUGUCCGAUCUGUCUGGAUAUGCUGACCAACACGAUGACAACCAAAGAGUGUCUGCACCGAUUCUGCUCUGACUGCAUCGUCACUGCACUGCGAUCAGGGAACAAAGAGUGUCCGACUUGCAGGAAGAAGCUAGUUUCCAGGCGCUCGCUGCGUCGAGAUUCAAACUUCGAUGCCCUCAUCUCUAAGAUCUAUCCCAGCCGAGACGAGUAUGAGGCCCACCAGCGCCGUGUGCUGGAGCGACUCAACAGGCUGCACAACACGGAGGCGCUGAGCUCCAGCAUCGAGGAGGGGCUCCGUCAGCAGGCCCGCUAUAGGUCCGAGAGGAAUCACCGGGUGAAAAAAACAACUCUGGAGAGUGACAACACCACCUUCAGCGGCGGAGAAGACAACGGGGACACUCGUUCACACCUGUCCCAUGAUUCUGCCCCAUCGCAUGCUCCCCUUCCUCACGGGGAGACCCCUUCAGACGCCGGUCCGAGCCACAAGCGCCCGCGGGUCUCAGAGGAAGGUUCAGGGCCUGAGGCUGACAGUGGGAGCCCCACCCCUCCGCAGAGACGCCACAAAGAAAGGUCACUCUCAGAGAUCGAGCUGAUGUUCCGGCCACACCCACAGCUGGUCCAGCCUCAGGACUAUAACCAGACCAGAUAUGUCAAGACAACAGCCAAUGCCACAGUGGACCAUUUGUCGAAAUACCUGGCUCUCCGCAUCGCUCUGGAGGACAAGCAGACCAAGGGGGAGGUGGAGGAGGCAGGAGGGGGAGGAGCUUCAGCAGAGGGCUCGGGCCUGAGCACCAUCAGUGAGAAACAGUACACCAUAUACAUCAUGACCAGAGCAGGACAGUUUUCUACAUUAAAUGGCUCUUUGAGUCUGGAGUUGGUGAAUGAGAAAUACUGGAAAGUCAGGAAGCCUCUGGAGCUUUACUACGCCCCCACCAAAGACCAGCAGCAACCCAGUUCUCCACAGUAAAGUUCUCCACCUCAGCACCUUCUGAAACAUGGCAACCUGCCAGAGUCAGACACUUCCAUGUGUCACGGUAAACUCAUCGAUUUAUUCCGGCUGCAGUUCUAACCCGAUAAGAAGAGCAAUCAGCAGCAAUGCUGGGUUUCUUUUUUUUUUUUAUGUGAUCCUCAAGGUGUUCCCCAAAUACAGAGUUGGUUUGAACUCAGAAGCUGCUUUCAGGUCUUAAUGAGAAAACUCAUAUUGUGUGAGAACACAAACCUUUACGAGAAGCAUUACUUUGAAAACAACUUUACUGUUACAUUUGAAAUUAUGACAGCUAACUUAUGAUUUGUACUCAUAAAAUAAAUUCUCCUAAAAGGGAGUUCUGGUAGUACAAACUUUGCUUCAUAUGAAAUCAGAAUUUAUCUUUCCCCCAGGACUAAAUUUGAACCCAGUCACUUAUUCUGAUGUUAUUUUCUAGUUUGAUUUGUUUUUAACUGCUUCGUGUGCACUUUUCUGCUGUUUCCCUUUGAGUGACAGGAACAUUAGAAGCAGUUUUUAAGAUUUGUCAGACUAAAGACUAACUGAACCAGAUGUUCCUGCACACCAAUUAACCACAUUCUAACCUGCCAACGUUUGAAGGUUUUAAGGCAAUUAACAUCUGUUAAAGAGCCAAAACGGAAUCACAUAUUAACUGUUUUUGUUAACGAGUGGUAUAUAGAGGUAGAUAUAUUUCUUAAAGAUGCAGAUAUUUCUUUUUAAUGCCACCUCGCCUUUUUUGCUUGUCAGCUUGGAAGCCAUAAGCCUCAGUUAAAGGCUGAGCUCUGAAAGCACUUUAGAAUUUCUGCAGCUGUGACUUUUCCUUCCUGUACCUCAGAUUUAAAAUGCAAUAUUUGUAUAUGAAAAAUAAUGCAAUGUUUCGUUUCUGCUUGUGUAUAAUUAUCCUUCUGUGUGCG